AUGAUAGCAGCAGCAAAAUCAGUUUGGAUAGAGAAAUUAAAAACAGCUAAAAAAGCUGGCCUUCUUCAAAAUGAUCGAAAAAAAAUUCAUUAUACAUUUGAUGAUCAAACCGAAAUGGUGGAAGAAUAUGAUGCAGCGACUAACGUGCUUUUAAUUCGAAAAUGGCGUCAAAAACCAAGUACUGGUUUAAAAACUUUGGCAACAUCUGAUUCAUGGACAUUUGAAGUUGGCCAAAAUUAUGAAACACGACCAAUUAUAGAUAAUACACUCGGCAUGACAGAAAGCACUACAACACCAAUAUUUUCACGUAAUGAUAAAAGUGAUUGCUUUGAAAUCCGCAUAAGAAAUUUACCAUAUUCAAUUGAUACAUAUCAAUUAACCAUUGAUAAAGAUAAACGAGAAUUUGUCUUAAGAACAACAAGUAGAAAAUAUUUUAAACGCUUUUCAAUUGCUGAUCUCGAUCGAUUAAAUCUUCCAUUAGAAGAAACAAAUUUAUCAUAUUCUCAUGCCAAUAAUACAUUAAUUAUUAGUUAUAAAAAACCUAAAGCUAUUCUCGACUUUGAAAAACAAGUACACGAAGAAUUAAAGAAAUUAAAUAUGAAAAAAGAGGGUGAUAGUGAUUGUGCCGUCAGUUAA